GGGAAAAGGGCGGCAACGAACGCGGAAGUGUCGUGCUGACCGUCAGCGGCUGCCUAGAACAUCGACACCGACACCAGCCUGCUGGAUAUCAGCCCAGCAAUGAGCAACACGACCGCUUCUAACGCUGGUGACAGUGUUGGAAAGGGCGGCGGGACCAAUCCAUACUACAUCGCCUUUGUGCUGGUGCCUAUUCUCUUCCUUCUGGGCCUGCUCGGUGUGGUGAUCUGUCAUGUGUUGAAAAGGAAGGGCUACCGGUGCACCACAGACCAUGAUGACGAGGAGGAGUGUAAGGAAGAGGUCAAAGAUCCCGAGUUGGGCGGAGAGCUCAAUGACACCUUCAGUGACUACAAUGACACGGUUGGACAGAUUGUCCACUACAUCAUGAAAAAUGAAGCAAACUCUGAUGCCCUAAAUGCCAUGAUUCAUGAAAACAGCAUUGAUUCGGAUGGUCCUCCGCUCACCCCCACCUCCCCCGGCACUCCCACUCCUCCGAUGACACCUCUAUCGCCGGGGGCGCCCCCGGGAGCGGCAAAGCACACCUGUAACCACCUGCACACCAUCGGGGGCCUGGGAGGCAGCAAGAACAUCUGCACCCGCUGCAGCCAGAAGAAAUGGCCGCUAAUGAGGAAGCCGUCUGCCCGCAAAGCAGAGCUGCGGCACAGUCACUGCGUGGAGGUCACGGUCCUGGCUGUAGGCAGGUUCCGCGUGACAAAGUGUGAAAAACCAGCCAGGGAGCGGCGAACUCUGCUGAUAUCAGAUUCCAACGGGAGCGUCCCCGCAUCGCCCAUGGCGGUGGAGCCGAAGAGUCAACCAACAUUCAAGUCCCCUCAGGAGCAGACAGACGGCGUGGACCAGGGGAAACGAUAGAAAACCAGCUAUUAAAAAAGGAGAAGAGGAGCAACAUCUGGACACUUUUUAAACCCAAAUAAGAACUUUGAACAUCAGUGCAGGAGGGACAGUUGGAUCCGGGAAUCGUCCCCCUGUCCUGUCACUCCACAGGGAGUGAUGCGCUGCUGCUGCUGGUGGUGGUGGUGAUUUUACAAGCAGAGAGGGCUCAGGUGUGUCUGCUUGAAAUGGUAGCUGGACAGCAGAGCCUUGCCCACUCGUGUCAAAAAUAAAGGAAAAAAAAAAAAGCCGGGCAACUGCUUAAUGUAACGAUGGAGGCUCGACCAGCGCUGUCCCUCCCAAAAACUACAGUCGUACUCCUCAAAAAGCAGCUGGUCCGUGAUGUUUGUGCAUUACAGUUUCACGGGGAGGUUUUAAACACGUCAUCGCUUGGUUUAUUUGUAGAACUAAAUCCCAGGAACAGGUAGAGCCAGUCUGUGAUCCAGUUCAGGUCAUCAUUUACCAAACAGGAAAGAGGAUAUCGUGGCCAGACGCUAAACGGGAACAUUAGCAGGCGUGACCAAAGGUUAUCACAUCCUGUAAUCAUGUGAACAGGAUGAUAAACUGUCCUCACAGUGCAUGUCAAUCUGAUCGUCCCUUUUAAUAAAGAACUCUGGGUCAAGAGGAAAUCUGUUCAAAUAUUCAGACACGAGCCGCUCGCUGGAUGUUUUCUGUUAUUUCUGUUCUUUUUUUUUUUUUUUUUUUUUUCCUGUGCAGCGUCCUGCUAAUACAUUCAACUUAGAAGAUAUUAGCAUACAUUUGGAGUCAUAAUUCUGACUAUCUAGCCUGGUGAUCACUCCUUUUAGCUCCGUUUUUGGUCUCCACCACCGUGACAGAGAAUUAAAAUGAAAAAGCCGAGGUCCUUAAAAGCUAAAAGACAAGCUGAAAGCAGCUGAUACACAUACUGCACUGGUCCCGCUCUAGAUUUUGGGGGGUUUUUUUGUCCUAUAAUGUAUUCUUAAUAACAAAACUACAGUUUAUAUCAGUGUUGUGUUAUAUUAGCGCAGAGAACAUGUUGUCUGAAACACAUUCUGAGUUAAAACCUUAUGUAAACACAUUAAAGUAAAAAGGGCGACGCUGUGAUGUAGCGAGCCUCAAUAUGAACUGUUGAUUUUUAUGAGGCUGUUUGUUUCCUUAUCAACUUUGUUCUGCAGCAUGCCUUGACUUAAUUUAUCAAAGCCUUUUUUUUUUUUUUUUUUAAAUUUAGCCUGGAUUUAUCGUAUUUUAGCGUGAGCUGCCUUUAUUAUAUUCCAUCCUGAGAGCAGAUACUGCACAAAUGGUUUAAUCCAUUAUGGAUUAUGUUAUCAGCAGGUCCACCAGGAUGUAAGCCUUAUUUUCUCUUUCUAAUGAGAUGUGCCUUUCGUUUCUAAGCGUGCUUGUGCUCGCACAGGCGCGCCGAGGCGAAGGUCAGAUUGUAGGUGCUGUGAUUCAGUCUGUUUACUGUAUCAAGAAUCGUUUACUGUGCAGAGCAGUGUACCGAGUGAGCUACAUCUUGAAGGUCUUAUUGUGUAUGUAACCUCUUAAAGUGAGUACGUGUGGAUGUCUUGGUGCCAUGUGCUGAUGCAAGAUGAGGUGUGUACUCAUUUUCACUCUUUAUCCUAUCAUUUUUGUGGCCAUGCUAACUUUGCUCUUAACCUUUAAGGAAGUGGGCAAAAAGCCUAUAAACACAGCGCAUCAUGUUGCUUGUGGCCAUAAUUUCGGCAGGUUUGCUCUGUGGUCCCCCAAACCAGACAAAGACGUCUCUGGAACAUUGCACUAACAUUGUAGAUCAGCAUAAAUAUGAUGUUAUAUCAGCGUUUCAUGUGAUGCUGUUAUGUCAUCAAAUACAAUAUUUUAAAAAUGUAAAUGUAACGCUUUCCCAUGGUGAUUCUGUAAUGGUGAUCCUGGUCAUGUACUAAUCAGAUGCUUGGCGGUUCGAUCCCCGGCUCUUCUGGUCCGGAUGUGAAAGUAUCCUUGGACAGGAUGCUGAACCCCGCGUUCUCCUGAUAAUGGGUUAAAAGCACUUAAGCAUAGAAAAAAGUGCUUACGUGAAGGUUAAGAGGUGUCACAGGAAGUGCUCGCCACACCAGUUGGUCAUGUUCCAGGCUCCUGUUGCCUAGGUAACCCUGUUGUAUGUAUUUACUAACUUACCUAAUGUCAGUCAGCAGUUUCCUGUGCUUUCAUUGGUAGUCGCUUCACUCGCUAAUGUCCAGGCGGAGAAAAGUUUAACUCAGGACCCGUCUUCGACUUUCAGUGGUCUCUCAUCUCCACGUCACUUUAAUCACUUCCUGUGUGGACGCCCCUUUAACCAGACUAACGGGAAGAUGUUACUAAAUUGUUUUUCCCUGUGGUUAAAGCUGUUGUAUUGAUUGGCUGAUUUUUAGCACCUGAUGUAGUCCUAUAGCAACAAUGUUUCAGUUAUAGUCUCGAUUUUUUUCGUCUUUUCUAAAUUGUAUAGAAGAUGAUGCAGGUGGCAGUGACUGACACUAUUUACAACAAUCACAGCAGCAUCUGCAGCUCAUGUAGCAGAGCAGCGUGACAGCAGAGUAGAGGUUCAGAGACCAGCGAUCGCUCCAGUUAAGUUGUGUGCAGACUGGAAGCAAUUAGCGACCAAAGACUGCAGACAGUCAAUGAGAUUUGGCAACUUCAGGAGAAAGGCAAAAUUUCCAGGUGAUCGACUGAAACAACUACCAAUGAGAAUAAAGAAUACCUAUGACUGACAUACUUCCUGGUAGUAAAGACAUUAGGGGGUUACCUGGGUAACCAUAUCCUGAAAUUAGUGCUUGUGACCAAUGAUCAGCUUCAAAGUGAUGAGCCGGUUGCGUCCUGUGUGGAUGCAGUUUAAGCUUUUUGCUAGUUUCAGAAUUUACUGCUGGAUUGGCCCCUAAACUAACACUAACUUAUUUUUUACUUCCCCUACUGCCCCAAAACUCCAGUAUUGGUCUCGCCCAAGUCAAAGGUUUCCCACCUAGUCGGCAUCACUGACUGCACCCAGAGUUUAAUCAUACUUCCCUACGACCCGGGGAGAAGCUGAGCUACUGAAGGAUGUGUUAAGUUAUUCUUUUUAAUGCUUUAACUCAGUUUUUACCCCAUAAAGACAUUCUAUAACCUCCCCUGUUCCUUUAAUGACAAUGUCUGACACCUCAGUGUGCAACAAUAAAGAUGUAGUUUGAUGACAUUUAGAAUAGUUGCUGCAUAAGCAGAGAACACCCUCGCUAUCUUCUGAUGAAGAUGAACUUCAAAGGUUAUUCCUAGAAGAUCUUAAACAGAAAUACACAGUAAAGGUUGUAACUUUUAACUUUUUCUACCAUUACCACGUAACAGCUGAUUUAUGUGGUGGUUUAAACACAUUUUAAAGGGCAAUUCCACCAAUCGUAGACAUUAAAGUUUGUUUGCCUACUUGCGCAAAGUCGUCCCUGAUGUUGUCGGUGUGACAUCAUCUUUCAGUUUUUAGACCGUGACUAAAACUAGAGAGCAUAAGUCCCAUCCCUCCCCUGAGUGGAGAGCCAUGCAGAUGUGUCUGUCACCUGUUUCACUUUUUAUUUAUUUAUUUUUUUUAAACAUGCAUACACUUUUUGUUCUUGAUAUUAUGGGUCUAUCUUUUUUUCUCGUUGUACAAAGACAAAAAUAAAAUCGACUUAACACAUUUUAAA